CUUGGAGUCAAUGUGGGGCUCAGAAGCCAUCCAGGGCAGCCUGUCCAUCCCUAACCAUUGACUCUCCCACCCUCGGGCAGGUGACCCCUCUAGGUUCAUUCCCCGAUCUCGAAAAUUUAUUACCGCUAUUACCUCUUCCCCCAACCCCGGGAGUCUGCUUGCAGAUCUCCAGCCUCAGCGCCCCUCCCCGAAGAUCCCCCUUGCCCAGAUUCGCCCGUGCACUCGGCUGCACUUUAGUCCUUUACAGCCUCAAACCUCCAGGAUGGUUUCCACUCCUCUAAAUCCUUCCCUUUAACUACCAGCCCAAUUCCCCUCUCAGCGGGAGCCCUCAGGUAGUUUCCAGGUUCCCCUAGCUGCGACGCUCCCUCCAGGGUCUCGGGUUCGAGAGCAUCCCCAUUGCCUCACUUCCCCCUAGCCAAUCUGAGCCCUGCCGGACGAGAGGGGGGCGUUUGUGACGUUUCCUCCAACAGGCCUCGACCCCUCCCCCACUGGUUGCUAAAACAGGCGAACCCGCGUGCUUGGUUGUCAAGCGCAAACAAAGGGGGUCCCUCCCCGCCCCGCCCCCACCUGUGCCGCCCUUCCCUCUAAGGUCCUGCUGCUGUCCUUCCGCCUUGGGUGCGAGGCGCCUGUCUCUCCCCUCCCCCUCCCCACCCGCGGCUUGACGCCGGUGCAGACAGGAGUGAGACUGAGCCGGUCUGGGAGCGAGCCUCAGGCUAGCUUCCUCAUUCAAUCCAGCACACUACUCUUGCCCUGGGUGCCCAAUGAAAGUUCAAUUAUAUCAACCAGAGCCAAAGGUCAAGUAACCAUGCCUCAGACAGAUAAGCAAAUAUGUAUCCCUCCGGAGCUUCCAGAAUUGCUAAAGCAGUUUACCAAAGCUGCCAUCCGGACCCAGCCUACGGAUCUGAUCCAAUGGGCUGCCGAUUAUUUUGGGGCUAUGUCCCGUGGAGAGAUUCCUCCAGUGAGAGAGCGAACUGAGCGAAUCCCGUUGUCUAAUUGGGCUGAACUCACACCUGAACUGCUAAAGAUCCUGCAUUCUCGGGUGGCUGGAAGGCUGAUCAUACAUGCUAAUGAAUUGGCCCAGAUGUGGAAGGUGCUGAGUCUCCCAACAGAUCUAUUUAACAGUGUGAUGAAUGUGGGUCGCUUCACUGAAGAGAUUGAAUGGCUCAAGUUUUUAGCUCUGGCUUGCAGUUCUCUUGGAGUUACCAUAGCCAAAACCCUCAAGAUUGUAUGUGAAGUUUUAUCAUCUGAACAUGAUGGCGGACCUCCCCGAAUCCCUUUUAGCACUUUUCAGUUUCUUUACACAUAUAUUGCUGAAGUGGAUGGGGAGAUUUCAGCAUCCCACGUCAGUCGAAUGCUGAACUACAUUGAACAGGAAGUAAUCGGUCCUGAUGGUUUAAUCAAGGUGAAUGACUUUACCCAAAAUCCCAGGGUAAGGCUGGAAUAAAAAUGCACUCCAGCAAUUUUAAAGGAAGGAAGAUAGAGAUAAUUGUGCUUCAGAAUGACUGCACCCCAUACAACAUCCAAUGUCAAUUUUCUUGUACAACUGGUAUGCUAAUAAACAAUUAAGCAAACACGC